AAACACUUGCCAGCAUAAUGGGACCGACACCUAAAUAGUAAGAGCAGAAGCAGAAUAUACUUUGCUCUGCUCUGCAAAAUCCUCUCUGCGCUCUCUGUUUAUCUCUCUUUCUUCGUCGUCGUCAUCAUCAUCAUUCUCGUAUUUCAUAGAUUACAAACAAACUUUUGCCACCAUCUAUCUAAUCCAAAACCAUGGAGUUUUUCGCUGAGUUUUUUCUCACCAUUGCUUUUGCUGUUGGGCUCUUUUACGUCAUCUUUAGGCUCGCGUCGGCGGUACCAACCAACGAUGCCGAGGAUGUUAACAGAAAAGUUGGUGUUUUUGAGUUCGAAUCCGAAGUCGAAUCGGGUUUUCGCGAUUUGGUUAGUGAAAGGCGAGUUGGGUUUGUUGGGAAAAUUGUGGAAGUUGAUGAAUUCAAAGGUGAAUCAGAACCGGAAGAAUUCACCGUUGAAGAAAUUGCAGAUGAAAGGAAAGAAAUUGCAGAUGAAAUCUGUGGAUAUUCGGGAUUGUAUGAAGGUUCGAAGAGUGAUCACGAGGAUGAAGUUUCCCUAGAAGUUCCGGUUGGUUCUUUGACAGAGAAACUUACUGAAAAAGAAAGCCACUACUUUGUAAACAAGUCGGUUGAUGAAAGUUCUGAGAGGGAUAAUUUGGAAGAGCAUGAGGUGGAUUUGAUAAAGGAUCAAGUGGGUAAGUGUGAAAGCAAAGAUAUUGAGGUUACAAAGUGCGGUGACGAUAAAGAAGAUCAAGUAGAAAUCGAUGGAGCUAAAAACAAUCGAGAAGUUGAUGAUGUAAAAGUGGGGUUGCUUGAUGAUGAGGAUGAUUGGGAAGGGAUAGAAAGAACUGAAUUGGAGAGGCUUUUUGGUGCUGCGGUGGCGUUUGUUGGGUCUAAGAGUAAUGCUGAUAAAAUUUCUGUUCUUAAUAAUGAACUAAAGAUGAAGUUACAUGGGCUUCAUAUGAUUGCCACACAAGGGCCUUGCUUGGAGCCCCAACCAAUGGCAUUGAAAGUCUCUGCACGAGCAAAGUGGAAUGCAUGGCAAGAGCUUGGAGAAAUGAGUCGAGAAACGGCUAUGGAGCUCUACGUCUUACUUCUUUCAAGAAAGAUUCCUGAGUGGACGCCAGAGCAAAAUGAAUUUGGUGUUUUUCCGAAAGGUGAAGCAUCAGGAAAGGUAGCUUCUUUUCUGAAGACUGUGAUACAAAACCAACCAGAAAUUGAAGUGGAAGAAAACUUGAAGAACUAAAGCCUUAUUCUUAAAGGCAUGCUGUGAACAAGAGUCAGAAUUUGUUUGGACAAAUGGAAAAGCUGCAGAGUUCCUGAUUUGCCAAAGGACGAGCACUCUCAAGGCUUGUUGGCAUUUAGCUCCAUAAAAAUAACCUAGCCAAGUGUUCAUUGCAUUAGUUGUGAUCCCUCUUGUUCCGGUUUCUUAGAGUCACUGUAAAUUAAAUUUAGGAUGCAAUUGGUUCGUGUUUUAAAUAUACUUUAUUUUAUUGAAAA